CCUACACUAUCAGCCAGACGUUUUCCGCCACCAACGCUCCCGAGACCCCAUUCCUGUCACCAGUUCCCCGAACAUUCCUGCGAGCAAUGUCGCAGAUACUGCUCACAGACGUCCCCAUAACCAACUUCAUCGCUACCGCAGCCUAGGAGCCCCCAAAGGGGUCCUCCGCGGCCCCGCCCCUUGGCGUGGAGCCCUGACAAAUGGCGCCGGAAGCCCCGCCCCCGCCCGGUUGCUAGGCUCCGACAGCCGGAAGUCCCGCCUGCCGUGUAGUCGCCGCCGUCGCUGCCGCUGCCGCCGUCGUUGUUGUUGUGCUCGGUGCGCUGAGCUCCGCGGCUCCGCGAGCCGGUUCCGUCCCCUUCCCGCCGCCGCCAUGAAGUGGAUGUUCAAGGAGGACCACUCGCUGGAACACAGAUGCGUGGAGUCCGCGAAGAUUCGAGCGAAAUAUCCCGACAGGGUUCCGGUGAUUGUGGAAAAGGUCUCAGGCUCUCAGAUUGUUGACAUUGACAAACGGAAGUACUUGGUUCCAUCUGAUAUCACUGUGGCUCAGUUCAUGUGGAUCAUCAGGAAAAGGAUCCAGCUUCCUUCUGAAAAGGCGAUCUUCCUGUUUGUGGAUAAGACAGUCCCACAGUCCAGCCUAACUAUGGGACAGCUUUACGAGAAGGAAAAAGAUGAAGAUGGAUUCUUGUAUGUGGCCUACAGCGGAGAGAACACUUUUGGCUUCUGAGGGCCAUUGCUGGGCUAGGUGCACCGUAACUGCUUGUGUAUCUUGUAAAUAGCCAGCCAUUUUCAGUUAUUAUACCAGAACCUCUUCACAUAGACCUAUUAGUGCAUUUGUAACUGGAUUUAUUUCUUAAUAUAUUGGAAGGUUUUGUUUCCUUAGACUAGUAAAUUAUCAUACAGAGUUUUAUUUUGAGUUUUUCUUUGUGCAUUGUCCUCAUGGCUGUAUUCUCCAGGAAACUUGUCCUUCUGGAAAUCAUAUUGAAUGAUAUUUCUAUAUCGAAGUGAGGUAGGUGCGGUAUUAAAGUGAAAGGGAAGGUGAUGCAUUUAUUCUGGGUUAUGCUUGAAGUGUUAGAUGGCUAAGUAUUAAAAUUAUCCAAAUUAAAUCCUUAGCAGUCAGAACACUUGCUUCACUAGAAUAUGCCAAUUGCCAAUCAUGUUGGACUGAGCUAAUUUGUUCCUCUUUCUGAAACUAUUAAGGUAAAUAAUUAACAAUAAAAAUUCUCUUAUAAAGGCA